GGGCGAGUUGCCGAGACAGAAAAGCCCAAUCAAUUACUGAAGCGCACGAGAUUUGCCAAAACCCUACCAAAAGCCUAACGGCAUAACUUGCCGGCGAAGCAGAAUCAGAAGCAAUCUGCGACGACAACAAUGGGUGGUGGGGGGAGAGGAGGCAGAUCCCGAACUCAGAGAAAGCACUUCCGGCAGAGCAGAGAUAACGUGUGGAAGCGUUCCAAAUCGGAUCCCAAUCCUUCUUCCAACGAAAACAAUCCCCCGUGGACUCCCUUCGCCACUGAGAACGCCGCUUUCGAUUUCUACUACAAAGAGCAGGGGAUAGUGGACCCGCAACACUGGGACCAAUUCGUCGCAGUUCUCAGAACUCCAUUGCCCGCAACCUUCAGAAUCAACUCUAGUAGCCAGUUUUCCGACGACCUUCGUUCUCAAUUGGAGAAUGACUUCCUGCAUUCUCUUCGCGACGAGGUUGUUGAAGGAGGUGAGACGGAGGCUAUUCGGCCGUUGCUGUGGUACCCUGGGAACUUCGCUUGGCAUUCUAAUUUUUCCAGGAUGCAGCUCAGGAAGAACCAAACACUUGAGAGGUUCCAUGAAUUCUUAAAGCUAGAAAAUGAGAUUGGAAAUAUCACAAGACAGGAAGCUGUCAGUAUGGUUCCUCCCCUCUUCUUGGAUGUGCAUUCAGAUCAUUUUGUGCUUGAUAUGUGUGCUGCACCAGGUUCAAAAACAUUCCAAUUGCUUGAGAUUAUACACCAAUCAUCUAAAACAAGAUCACUACCUGAUGGAAUGGUUAUAGCAAAUGAUCUCGAUGUCCAAAGAUGUAAUCUUCUCAUCCACCAAACAAAAAGAAUGUGCACAGCCAACCUAAUUGUUACAAAUCACGAAGCUCAGCACUUCCCAGGAUGCCGUUUAAACAGGAAUUAUGAAAGGAUGGAGUUAGAUAACAAUAUUAGCCAACUGUUAUUUGAUCGUGUUCUAUGUGAUGUCCCAUGCAGUGGAGAUGGUACCCUUCGUAAGGCACCUGAUCUAUGGAGGAAAUGGAACACAGGGAUGGGACAUGGCCUUCACAGCCUACAGGUUUUAAUUGCUAUGCGAGGUUUAUCUCUACUUAAAAUUGGUGGAAGAAUGGUCUAUUCAACAUGCUCAAUGAAUCCUAUUGAGAAUGAAGCUGUGGUUGCUGAGGUUUUGCGAAGGUGUGGAGGGUCUGUUAAACUUCUUGAUGUCUCUAGUGAGCUUCCACAACUUAUUCGUCGGCCAGGUCUCAGGAGAUGGAAGGUAUAUGACAAGGGCACUUGGUUGGUCUCUUACAAAGAUGUUCCUAAGUAUCGUAGAAGUGUAAUUCUUUCCAGUAUGUUUCCUUCUGGCAGAGGCCAUCAUGAUCUUGUGGAUAGUAGUUGUAGUGUUGAUCCAGAGGGCGUUACUAAUGGUAUUAAUGGAAAUGCUGGAGAUGGUGUUCAAGCAGUUGAGAAUCCUGUGAUGUCCGAGUCUGGUGCGGAAGUUUGCGAUUUCCCUCUAGAGCGUUGCAUGAGGAUAGUGCCUCAUGAUCAGAACACUGGAGCCUUCUUCAUUGCUGUACUGCAAAAAGUUUCUCCUCUGCCAGCAAUUACAGAACAAACAAAAAUAAAAAAUGAUGAGCAAUAUGUAGAACCCGCAAACCAGAGUCUUAAUGAUGCACAAGUACCACAUAUUACUUCAUCAGAAAGUGCACACGAAGAAGUCUUCAAAGCAGUGUCUGAGGAAAAUGUAGAUGACGCUGAACCCAACACUGAAGAUUUGGAAGUUGGUCCUGUUACAUGUGAAGAACAGAAUUCCAAGGAAACUCAAGAACCUGAUAAUGUACAAAACACAGCAAAGAGGGUUCCAGGCAAAAGAAAGCUACAAAUUCAAGGCAAAUGGAGGGGUGUUGACCCUGUUGUCUUUUUCAAAGAUGAAACAAUUAUUAAUAGUAUAAGGGAUUUCUAUGGAAUUGAUGAGCGUUUUCCAUUCAAUGGUCACCUUGUUACAAGAAACAGUGAUACAAAUCAUGUGAAAAGAAUUUAUUAUAUCUCCAAGUCAGUCAAGGAUGUUCUUGAGUUGAACUUCAAAGUUGGGCAGCAACUUAAAAUAACAUCAAUUGGCCUGAAGAUGUUUGAAAGACAAACAGCGCGAGAAGGUAGCUCUGCAUCAUGUGCUUUCCGGAUAUCAUCCGAAGGAUUGCCCCUUAUUCUCCCAUACAUAACCAAGCAGAUUCUGCAUGCAUCUCCUGCAGACUUCAAGCAUAUUCUGCAGAACAAAGAAGUAAAAUUUGAAGAUUUUAAUGAUGCUGAGUUUGGUGAAAAGGCAGCAAACCUAUUGCCAGGCUGUUGUGUGGUAAUUCUGCAUAUAGGGAACACACUUGCUGCAGAGUCUCUCCAAGUGGAUGAGUCAACGAUAGCCAUUGGAUGCUGGAAGGGUAGGGCGAGAUUGUCAGUGAUGGUUACUGCAAUGGACUGCCAAGAACUACUUGAAAGGCUUUUAAUACGGUUUGACACUGAAAAGGGUUCCUCUGGGCAUGCAGACAAAUCCUCUAAUGAUGUGCAAGAGUUGAACAGUAUAAAUGAUGGCGUGAAAGUUACUGUGAGUUAAAAGUGAACUAUUUAACAGAUAUUCUUUACUCUGUUGUAACAGAUAUUUAUGCUAUUUGUCAUUUACAGAAAUGGUGAUUUUGUCCACCAUUAUUUUGCUUGUUUUUGUUAAACGAUAGUGAAAAAACUCGUCAUUAUUUUCAUACACAGGCGCUGGUCCAUAUUUGUAUUAAUAUUAUUCUAUAGUUUUGGUUUCAUAAAUUGCUUCUGGGAAA